AUGGCAGAUCGCCAGCGCCCUGUUAAAACACGGUUUUUCGUGAUUUCCGACACACAUGGCCUCGAGACGCUUGCAAAGGAUACCACCCCGGACCAUCAGGUAGACGUCGUCAUCCACUCUGGAGACCUGACCACAGAGUCCAAGCUUGAGGAAUACAAAGCUUCUAUUCGACUCCUCCAUACUAUCAACGCACCGCUCGAAAUUGCAAUAGCUGGAAACCACGACUUCACCAUGGAUAUCCCUGCCUUCCAAAGGAAAGUGGCUGACGUUAAACCACCUUUGGAUCCUACCCUGGUCCAACAGACGUAUGGCUAUAAAGGCGAGGCGAGAAACUAUUUGACCGAGGAGUUGGAAUUACUUUCCUUGACGAAGGGACUCACGAAUUUCGAUUAA